CAGGGCGGCGCGUGCUCGCUGGGCGCGGUGCGCGCACGAGCCCCAGUGCUUGAGAGCAGAGCUGCGAAUGAACGCGGAGAAGGAGUCACCGCGAGUGGGAGCGUCUCCGUGGUUUUAACUGUAUUUCUCAUUCAGUGACAUUCAGGGAAAAAAAUUUAAAAACAGAAAUCUAUUGACUUCAGCAGAAGGUACGAAACGGACACUCGUAGCCUACUCUAUUAGCUAGCUGUCGACACACUGUUGCUUAUUUCUGUCCGGUGAACCGUCCUGUCUGUCUCACCCAGUGAGUGUUCGCUUGCUACAAGGACGUGAGUGGUUUCUUUGGAUGGUAUUUUUUCUCCUUGCAUGUGGACAUCGCAUGAAGUUUAUCUUUCCGUUCUGACACCGUCCCGAGGACUCGCAUGAGGAUGGGGUGCACCCUUAGUGCAACAGGGGAUAAGUCGGCGAUGGAGCGCAGUAAAAUGAUCGACAAGAAUCUGCGGGAUGACGGAGAUAAAGCCGCCAGGGAAGUCAAGUUGCUCCUCUUGGGUGCUGGUGAGUCAGGGAAAAGCACAAUCGUCAAACAGAUGAAGAUUAUCCAUGAGGCGGGCUACUCAGAGGAGGAGUGCCAGCAGUACGCGGCGGUGGUCUACAGCAACAUCAUCCAGUCCAUCAUCGCCAUCGUCCGCGCCAUGGGCCGCCUCCAGAUCGACUUCGCCGACCCCGGCCGAGCGGACGACGCGCGGCAGCUGUUCGUGUUGGCGGGCUCGGCGGACGAGGGGUUCAUGACGGCGGAGCUGGCGGGGGUGAUGAAGCGCCUGUGGAAGGACGCGGGGGUGCAGGCCUGUUUCGCCCGCUCCAGAGAGUACCAGCUCAACGACUCCGCCUCAUACUACCUGAACGACCUGGACAGGAUAUCACAGCCCACCUACGUCCCCAACCAGCAGGACGUCCUGCGGUCGCGCGUGAAGACCACCGGCAUUGUAGAGACUCACUUCACCUUCAAAGACCUGCACUUCAAGAUGUUUGACGUGGGAGGUCAGAGGUCAGAGAGGAAGAAGUGGAUCCACUGUUUUGAGGGCGUUACCGCCAUCAUCUUCUGCGUGGCACUGAGCGACUACGACCUGGUCUUGGCCGAGGAUGAGGAGAUGAACCGCAUGCACGAGAGCAUGAAGCUGUUUGACAGCAUCUGCAAUAACAAGUGGUUCACGGACACCUCCAUCAUCCUCUUCCUCAACAAGAAGGACCUGUUUGAGGACAAGGUCAAGAGGAGUCCGCUGACCAUCUGCUUCCCCGAAUACACAGGAUCCAGCACAUAUGAGGAGGCUGCUGCCUAUGUCCAGUGCCAGUUUGAGGACCUGAACAAGCGCAAAGACACCAAGGAGAUCUACUCCCACUUCACCUGCGCCACCGACACCAAGAAUGUGCAGUUUGUCUUUGACGCCGUCACCGACGUCAUCAUCAAAAACAACCUCAAGGACUGUGGCCUAUUCUAGAGCCGCCACAUUCCCGGGGCAGAUGGGGCCACCCUGCAUGCUGUUUUUUGGGAACUGCGUGUGUGUGUGAGGAGAGAGUCGGGAAGCACGUGAACAGAACAGAAGUUCAUGAGUUCUGCAGCUUAAUUUCUCUCUGCCUGGGAACCUUUUAAACUGAUUACUUGUGUCAGAUGUUUGUAUAGUAACUAUAGCAGUGGUUUAUUCACAGAGCUAUUUUUUAAAGAAGGGUAUUUUAUUUAGCUUUAAUUUUUCCACUCUUCCUGUUUGUUUUUUAUUUUUUAAAGGAGACUUGCCACACCUUGGUUGAAGAAACUAUUUUUUAUUUUUCCCCUCAAGAUUGUUGGAGGGAAAAACGGUUUGGGUCCUGAAUUUGGAUCCAGUUUGUAGUACUGGUGCCUUCCGCUUGCUUUCGUUGCAGUCCCUGUUAAACGACGUUUUGCCUGCUGAAAUGGCUCCGCCGUCAUUUUCAUAUUUAUCCCCUUAUCCGCCUCGCUCCAGAGAUCAUGGAAAUCUCAGGUGGUUAAGAGAUUGAACGGCAGCGGAAGGGCGAUUCUGUGUCUGGGACAGACUGCGCGUGCGCUCAGCGCUUGGCUGACGUGCGAGCCAAGAGGAUCUCUCCGUUUAGAACAGGAUGUAGUGCCUAAUUUUACUGCUCUUAGUAGUGCAGCAGCCUUAUUUAAACCCAAAUGGAGGUGUGGCCGGGAGGGAGGAGGAAACUAACUCACUGUCCCUUAGGGAGGACUGCUCAUGCUCAGUAGUACAGAUAAAUCUUAAAUAGUUUUAAAGCGUUUUAGAAGAGGUGACGGACUGAAGGGGGGGGGUCGUAGCGGCGGAGAUGCAGUUUUAAAGUGCAGAAAGGGGGUUGUUGUGUGUGUACGUGGGAGAAACUGUGCUCAGCACUGUCUGUAGCCCUGUUCCCUUUGGGAAGGGAACAUUUGUAGAGUCGUUUCCCUUAUUUUGCUAAUAAAAACGAUAACAAUCUCAA